AUGAACGACACCAUUCCAGAUACUCCUAUUCGGGACCGAAAGCAUACCCCCGAAGAUGAAUACGACACAAUUGCCACGGUCCCAAUCGCGGCGCAUUCACUGACUCCCUCGCAACGGAUGACCCAACCUACCCAACUCGUCCAAAUGCCUCAUUCACACGCGAAUGGAUCCGUCAUUCAAGUAGCUGCAUCCUCCCCUCUUGUUCCAAUUCAAUCACCACCCCGCCGUCCCGGAAUUUUGUCUUCCCUCAUGGCACCCUCUGGAACACACUUUCGUUCUCCAUCUACCACUGUUCGCCCUUCCAAGAGACCUUCCACCAUUGAUAUCGACGACGGUCCCACCUACCGAGGAGGCUCUUCGGAAGACGAAGCAAACUACACAGUUCGAUCUACCGACAUCAAGCCCUCCAUGUUUGAGAGAACUAGAAGCCCAGAGAAAGUCGCUGAGUCGCCCGUGCGUGCCAACGACACCAUGGAUCGUUUUAAAGAAAUCACCUCUGCGGCUCUGUAUGAUCCUUCGAAAAAUGGGGUCAAGCGACCUGCUGAUCAGAUGAGCCCUUCUGGAACUAUCGAUAUUGCAACCAAAAAAGCUAGACAGGGUGCGCCCUCUCGCGCCUUGCCCGUGGCCAACCAAGACCAAGAAUCUUCCCUGCAGGCCAUCGAAGAUUACCGAUUGAAAAUUAAAGUUAAACGCAUUCUGCAAGUCAUGCCGAAUCAAUCUGUCGACGACUGUGUAAAGGCCCUUGUUGAUACGAAUGGAAACUACGACGAUGCGCUGGAUCGCCUCGCCGACUCCCAAGAUGCAGCGAAAAAGAAUGGCAAAGCAACAAUUGUCAUUAAUUCAUCCGAAGAUGAAUUGGCUGCUAUGCCCCAAGUGGCUCAUGUGCCAAUGGCUAAGCAACAGAUUAAGGCCCGAGGCACGAUUCAUGACAAGUGGACCUCACACAGCUUGAAGACCUCUCGAGACCAAAGUGGUACUGACGAUGUAAAGCCUCGAGGACGUUUGAUUCGGGGUCCCCGAAAUCGAGAUUCGCCCUCAUUGAACACAAUUGUCAUUGACUCUGAUGAUAGCCCAGCCAAGCCAAAGGCAGGUGGUCGUCUCCAGAAGGGUCGCCGCCGAGAGCCCUCUCCAGAGUCCGACGAGGCGAACAUGACUGACUCGGACGAUGAAGAUGUACAACUACAAGAUGAUUCCACCGCUGGCGGUCUGAAUUCGAAGGUCUUGAAGUUUUUCAACACCUGCAGUGUGCGCGAUUUGGCCGAUAUUGUUUCCGUGCCUGAGGAAACUGCUAAACACGUCACUACCCACCGUCCAUUUGCUACACUUGAUGAUGUCCGCGCCGUGGAAGCUCCUGUAGACACCAGCAAGAGCAAGGGCAAGGCCAAGUCACGAAAAUCCCCCAAGCCAAUCGGCGACAAGAUUGUUGACAAAUGCAUCGAGAUGUGGACUGGUUAUCUGGCGAUUGACUCCCUCGUGGCCGAAUGUGAGGCACUGGGCAAGCCGAUUGCUGAGGAAAUGAAGAAAUGGGGUGUUAACAUGUUUGGCAAGAACGACGGUGAUUUCGAACUCACAUCGAUGACCAACGGAAACACGCAUGAUUCCGGCAUUGCUACUCCCUUGUCGAAUCCUCAGUCACCCAAUGAUUCUGAUGAAGAUGGCCCCGUGGCUGUGGUGCGAAAGCCCAAGUCCCAAUCGAGCUUCAUCCCCCAACCCUCCAUUAUGGCAGACACCUUGGUAAUGAAGGAUUAUCAAAUUGUUGGAAUCAACUGGCUGUCAUUGCUCUUCCACAAUAAGUUGAGCUGUAUUCUUGCUGAUGACAUGGGUCUCGGUAAGACUUGCCAAGUCAUUGCUUUCCUAGCCCACUUGUAUGAGCAAGGUGUCAAGGGACCCCACCUCAUUGUCGUUCCAUCCUCCACGAUCGAGAACUGGCUUCGCGAGUUCCAGAAGUUCUGCCCGACACUCUCUGUCAUCCCCUACUACGCUGGCCAGAACGAGCGUGCGAAUCUCCGUGAGCAGAUUGAGGACAAUCGUGCCGAUAUCAAUGUUGUCGUUACCACUUACACCAUCGCCCGAGCCAAAGUGGAUGCCAAGUUUUUGAGAGAUCAACGCUUCAGUGUCUGUGUGUAUGAUGAAGGACACAUGUUGAAAAACCACCAGUCUCAGUUGUACGAUAAACUUGUUCGCAUCCCGGCUCGAUUCCGACUUCUUCUUACCGGUACACCUCUCCAGAACAAUCUCCAGGAGCUUGCGUCCCUUCUGGGCUUCAUUCUUCCGGACGUUUUCCGUGAGCAUAAGGAUGACAUGAAUUCCGUCUUCUCCAACAAGGCCAAGACUUCAUCCGAUGAAUCUCAUGCCACUUUACUCUCAGCUCAACGCAUCGAGCGAGCCAAGUCCAUGCUCAAGCCAUUUGUACUGCGUCGCAAGAAGCACCAGGUCAUUGACCUGCCUGCCAAAACUUCGCACGUCACGUAUUGCCAGAUGAAACCAUCCCAGGUCGAAAUCUAUGAGCAUGAGAAGGACCAGGUCCGCCAGCUCCUGGAAGACCGUGCUGCGGGCAAGAAGACCGGAAACAAAUCCGCGAACAUCCUCAUGAAACUCCGCCAGGCCGCAAUUCACCCUCUUCUCGCGCGACGUCACUUCAACGACGAGCGCAUUCGCAAAAUCUCCAAGGCUUGCCUCCGAGACCCCCAGUGGGAGCUUUCCGAUGCCGAGACUAUCUUCAGCGAACUGAAGAGCUACAACGACUUCGAGUGCCACCGUCUCUGCGUGGACAACCCCAAGCACCUGGGUAAGUUCAAGCUGCAGAACGACGAAUGGAUGGACUCGGGCAAAGUCGAGCAGCUGCGUGAACUCCUUCUCAAGUUCAUCGAGAAUGGUGACCGUACCCUCAUCUUCUCGCAGUUCACGCUGGUCAUGGACAUCCUGGAGCACGUCCUUGAGACGCUGCGGAUCGAAUUCGUCCGCUUGGACGGCCGGACCAACGUCGAGGAUCGACAGUCGAUCCUUGACGCCUUCUACGAGAGGGAGGAAAUUCCUGUCUUCCUUCUUUCCACCAAAGCAGGUGGUGCCGGUAUCAACUUGGCCUGCGCCAACAAGGUCGUCAUCUUCGACUCCUCCUUCAACCCACAGGAGGACGUCCAGGCCGAGAACCGUGCCCACCGCGUGGGUCAAACCCGCCCCGUGGAGAUCUUCCGCUUCGUCACCAGCGGCACCAUCGAAGAGCAGAUCUAUGCUCUUGGGCAGACGAAGCUCGCCCUCGAUCAGGCUGUCGCUGGUGAUGAUGAAGGAGCCUCUGCCAAGGGCGAGGAAGCAGGGAUGAAGGCCGUGGAGUCCAUGUUGGUGGCGGACAUGGAGAAGGGGAAGGAGUGA